AUGGGUGACAGCUACUCUGUUGAUGACUUACAUGCCAGUGUCCUUUCUUUUAUUGCAAAUAUUGGCAUUGAUGACAAUAAAACGCAGACUAUUGCUGCCGAUAUAUCUUCUCAUGUAACUGAGAAACGUGUGAAAUUAGUCGAAGUUGUUAUAUGCCUGAAAGAGUACAUCACAUCCUCAGACGAUUCUGAUAGACUCAAGGCCCUGAACUGCUUAUCAUCUGUUCUUGGUUUACUACCUAGAGACGCAUUGAUGAAAAGCGAAGUCUCUGUCGUGGUGGACUUCUUCUUGAACAAGUUUGACGACUCGGCGAGUAUGAGAGAAAUCCUCCAUGGUUUGAGUAACGUGGCUGUAAUGAAGUUUUUCUUUCUUCAGCAAGCUACCCAAGUUUUGAAAACGCUCAAGGAACAAUACGAAUCAACACAAUACCCUGCUGCGACCAGAUAUUUCGCUCUUUUGAUUCUGGAACGGUUUUUCGAUAAAUUCGAGGAUGCUUUCUCUGAUCAAAUCCCUUUUAAUAACCUCUUCAUCGAGACUUUUUUAUUAGUGGCAACUGGUGAAAAAGAUCCAAGAAACUUAUUGAUAUCAUUCACGCUGAACUCCAAAAUCACCACAUCUAUGGAAAGCAUCGACCAAUUCAAAGAGGACCUGUUUGAUAUUCUAUUUUGUUACUUUCCAAUUACGUUCAAACCACCCAAAAAUGAUCCUUAUAAGAUAACUAACAGCGAUCUCAAAAUGGCUCUACGAUCGGCCAUUUCGGCUACUUCAUAUUUUGCUGAAGAUGCGUUUGGCAAUUUAAUCGACAAGAUGACGGCUUCCUCACCAACUGUCAAAAAUGAUACUAUCUUAACUCUCAGAUCAUGCAUAACAAAUUUUGAUGGAGAGGCAUGUCUACAAAAUUGGUUACCAAUAUGGAAUGCUUUGAAAUUUGAGAUCAUGCACACUCAAGAUUUCGAAGAUACGCUAGAUGCUGCUAGUGGUAAAGAAUUUAACAAUUAUACGGCAUCCCUAGACACGAUAAAUUCCAUUGCAUGCCGAUUAUUCGAUUACGAAAGGUCUGCUUUCGACAAAUUUCAUCAACAUGUCUUUGAAGAAUUGAAACCGAACUUCAAAUAUGAAAAAGAUUUAAGGCAAAGCUGUGCUAUACUUUCAGCUGUUUCUAGAGUAAAUGCGAUUGUUUUUGACGUAGUGAUGAGCGACGUCUUGAAAUUACUUCUGACGAAUUCAAGCGACUUAGAUGUUGGUAAGCAGAAGCUCUUGAUCCUGAAUUUAUCGUUCUUUUUUGAUGCAUACAUUGCUGUUUUUAGUGAAGUAUCAAAAGAAAAUGACGGAAAAGUGCCUACGAAUAAGCUGUUGGAUUCCAAGGAUGAAAUAUUGAUGAUAUUAGGGAAAGCCUUAAAUGGUAGCUCAAAAGCAGAGGUUUCUUUAAGAACAUUGGCUGUUGUACAGCUUACGAAACUUGUUAAAAUGCCACAAUUUUUGGAGGACAAUGAAGUUUCUCUGAUAGUUCAAUAUUUGACUGAGACUAUUUUGACCGAUGAGAACAAAAACGUUUACUUUGCUUGUCUUGAAGGGCUCAAGACUAUAUGCGACAAUUAUGAAAAUAUUGUUUCCGAAGUGUCUUUACAACAUAUGCUUAAUGUUCUUCCUGAAAAUGUCACGACUGUCGUUUCUCUUGAUCAAGGAAAUGAAAUCCCCGUAGAUAGGGUUUUAAAAGUCAUAUUGGACCUUACGAUCACCAGAUGGAACCUUGUGAUAACAAGCGUUAAAGGUCUGUCUACUAGGCUCUCUGAAGUUUCCAGAAUAGCGGAAAGUGGUGAGUAUUGUUUUCUGCUAAUAUCCUGCCUGUAUUCGUUGCUUGAUUUUAACCAUCAUUCCAUGGGUGAAGAAGUCAUAGAACUGAAACGUACAGUCGAGCCAGGACUCUUCAAAUCUUUAAUGAAUAACGACUCUAUCUACCGUGAUGACUACAAUUUGGCUUUACUUUCGACUGUGCUGUUUUUCAUUAAUAUUAGGACACCGGUCACUACCCAUCAAGAGGAGCUGAACAAAUACCUGACCCUUUUUGUCGAGAACUCUCAAGUUCUGGAUACUCCUAAAAGAAGCAUCAUAACUUUUACCAAACUCCUUUCGAGUUUGGAUAAAAAAUGUCAAUUAAGUGAAAAUUUCACAAUUAUGUCAAAAGUUGUGGACUUACUGAAAAGAAAAACUUCUUCAGUGUCAGAAUUUGAAAAGGUAGGUUACCUGGAAUUACUUGCCUUACUAUCAAACAAAUGGGGCGAGGAUGCGGAGUCUAUAAAAUUACUUGACCGUGAGGAUGAUUCUCCAAUAAAUUUGGAAAUAAUAGCCUGGGUAACGAAAGGAUUGAUCAUGAAAAAUUCACCGCUUGCUGACGCUUAUGUCAAUCACCUUCUAUCCCUUUUGCAAGACAACAAGAUCGGCCCUUCAGUUGCCAGGUUACUUGAAGUGCUCGUUAUCGAUAUACCUACAUUCAGUAAAAUAAAAGGAAUUCCAUGGAAUAAUAAUGUAAGACUGCUAUACAAACAAAAGUUUUUCAAUCAAGUCUCAUCGGACCUCGUUUCUUCUUUCAAGGAAUCAAACGAUAUGGCCAUAAAAUCGAAUUACUUAACUGCUCUUUCUUUGGUUCUAAAAAAUACCCCGAGCAAUUUGACAAUCAGCUAUAUUUCUGAGUUGCUGCCCCUCCUAAUUCAAGCGAUACAAUUGAAUAACAGUGACGUCAAGAUAUCCGCUUUAAAUAGUAUAAAGGAUACUCUUGACCAAUCUCCUCAACUAAUCACCGACCAUGUCCACAGUCUAAUUCCAAUUCUUCUUAAUGGGAUUAAAGCUACCAAAGACAACACAGUGAUGGCAAGAUUACUUUGCCUGCAAAUCCUACAGAAUUUCUCACUACAUGUGCCCUUAAACUACUUACUUCCCUUCAAAGACGACAUAAUAAGCGGUUUAACAAUCGGUCUCGAUGACAAGAAGAGAGCGGUACGCAAACAAUGCGUCGACACGAGACAAAAAUAUUUCGAAUUAGGACAAGUGCCAUUUGAAUAA